AUGAUGGAGCAGGGAGAGAAAGGAGAGGAGGGGGGCUCAGACCCCUCGAGCCAGGCGGGCUCACCAGACCAGGAGGGUUUCUUCAACCUGCUGAGCCACGUUCAGGGUGGUCGGAUGGAGGAGCAGCGCUGUUCGCUGCAGGCCGGACCGGGCCAGACUUCUGAGAGCCAAGAUGGCCCCACACCCGAGAUCGAUAGUCUCAUGGACAUGCUGGCCAGCACCCAGGCCCGCCGAAUGGAUGACCAGCGUGUGACAGUCAGCACCCUGCCUGGCUUCCAGCCCAUUGGCCCUAAGGAUGGAGCGCAGAAACGAGCUGGGACCCUCAGCCCUCAACCCCUGCUCACCCCUCAGGACCCCAGUGCUCUCGGUUUCCGCAGGAACAGCAGCCCCCAGCCCCAGACACAAGCACCCUGAGGGCCCAAACUGUCCUGGGCCC